AGAGAAAAAAUGCCAAAACUAAUUUGAAUCUUAAAGAAAAAUACCACACUGUUCUAUGCACAUUUUUCUCUGACAGUUGCUACUGAGGAUGCUUUGUCUCAUUCACUCAUCACCAACUAAAAUUGCAACCUUUUCAUUUUAUCCUUCCAUUUUCUUUGACCCAAUUCAACAAUAACACUGCAUUUCACUUCAAUCCCCAAGACAAUGCAACACAUUGCAUUGUACUUGCCAAUGCAGUGAUGGUGGUAGUUUAGUUUUGCUUCAUUAUAGAUCUAACCCAUCUUGGAGAAUCUAAAAAAAAACAUUUUGAUUUAUGAGUUUCGUUUCUGAGAGUGUUUGAAAAGUGUUCCUUGUUGUGGGUCAUCUUCAUGGGAUCCAAUAGUAGCAAAGCCACUUCCUCUUCAACUUCGUCUUCUUCAAGGAAUUUCAGGAAGAGGAGUCGCUCUAAGGCUCUCAGAGGGUUUCGUUCUUAUUGUCUUGGAACUAGUUCUGGAUCUCGAGACAGUGAUUAUGAAGACCAGGUUUGUGAUCAGAAUAAAGUAGAUGGCAGUGAUGUUACAUAUGCUGAUGGCAAUCUAUCUGACUCAGAUGAGGUGAAGUCGAAAUCUUUAAGAAAGGUUAAAGCUGGUGAAGGUGACAAUACUUGUAUGCCUAACAUCAACCUUGAUGAGUGGAGUGAAACAAGGAUCCGCGGCACUUCAUAUGGAAAUCGUACUAGCUCCGUUCAUGCUUCUUCAACUCAUUCGUUGAAUAGAACAAGUCGAUUCCUCUCUCGACUUAGGAGAUUUACUAGUUCAAGGUCAUCAAGGCCUUGUCCGGUUUCUUCUCCAAGUUUCUCAAUAUUCGACAAUCAUGAUGAUGCAUCAGGAUCUGGUUUACCUUGUUGUAACAUGCAGAGAAAUUCCAGUUAUGGCAUUGGGGCAAGAGAUGAGUUGGAUGUGAACUUAUUUUCUUCGAGAAUUCAAGCAGAGACGGAUACUAUUGAGACUAGACAUAUAGAUCGACGAAAUAGAGUUCGAGAACCAGUUGAUCAUAAUGUUCGCUUUAGUCGAACUUUAAGCGUUGGAAGGCUUCGUGACAGAGUUCUUCGCCGAUCAACAUUUUCUGACCUUACCUCAUUCCCUCUACAACAAGAGAGAGAGCUGAGAGAUGAUAGUCAGAAUACUCGAAGGCAAGCAGUGGAGCGGGAUUCAAGAGUUUCACCAUUAGAUCUUAGUGCUAUUAGUUCUUCUACAUCUAGUAUGUCUAACUCCAUAUUUAGCAAUCAAAACUAUGAAGUCGAGACCUCACAAUUGCGAGACGGUGGGUAUCAGGAUCUAAUGGAGCAUAGAUCCAAUUUCCUUGAACGAGGAAGAAGAAUACGAUCACAGGCCCGUUCUCUUCAGAGAUUGAGUAGCCGGUUUGAAAAUCAGUCCGCACAUGGGAGAUCAUGCAUCUUGUCUGGUCAACAUAGAAGUGGUCAUUGUAUGUGCCGAUUCAGAAAUCGUGACACGAAUUCGAAUGACGAUACUGGUGCUAGAGCUAGCAUAUCUAGAAUUGUUGUACUUGCAGAAGCGUUAUUUGAGGUUCUGGAUGAAAUCCACCAGCAAUCUGUGGUUUUAUCUUCCCAUCCUUCCGCGUCUUCUCUUGGAUGCGUUCCUGCACCUAUCAACGUCGUGGAGUCUUUGCCUGUCAAGUUUUACGAGAAGUUGCAUAAACAUCAAGAAGAUGCUACACAAUGUUAUAUAUGCCUUGUGGAGUACGAGGACGGAGACAGCGUGCGAGUUCUGCCUUGCCAUCAUGAAUUUCAUAGAACAUGUAUAGACAAGUGGUUGAAGGAGAUUCACAGGGUAUGCCCGCUAUGUCGGGGGAACAUCUGCGUUUCUGAUUCAGAACUAUAGUGGCUAGUUGUUGAUCAGCAUCUUGUUUGCAAUGCCUGGUCUUUUAUGCUGUGAAUAUCACAUGUCAGUCCUUUGAGUUUGUUUUGAAUUCUUUGAAUGAUGUUUUUGUUGAUAUCCUAACAUAAUCAUAGAAAAUAAAAUGUAUUACGAUUUAGCCGAAUAAAUCGAAAAUAUAUGUUUUGAUUGAA